UCAUCACUUUCGCUCCAACCUAACACAUCCAUGGCUGGUGUGCAUGUUCCAGUGGGUCAUCCUCCAGUGGUCUUUUGCACUCCAGGAAACAGGGAUCUCUGUGAGAAGAUCGUGGCACACUUGAGCUGGAGCAUUGGCAAGGCGCGCUUCCGGACCUUCGCCAACGGGGAGAUCUCGGUGAAGCUGGAGCAAUCCGUCUCGAACUAUGAUGUCUUCGUAGUGUGUGCUCGUGACGACUUCGAGUGUGAGAUCAACUUCAUGCUUAUGCAGUUGCUCAUCAUGCUGGAUGCGCUGAAGUCCGAGUCGCCGCAUCGCAUCACCGUGGUGUUGCCAUGUGUGGAGUACUCACGGCAGGACCGAAAGUUUGAGGCCGGUGAGGCCAUCGCGCCCAAGCUGCUGCUUCACUUGAUGGCUACGGCGGGUGCGGAUCGCUUUGUGACCAUCGACCUGCACAACCAGGCGGAAGUGGGUUUCAGCCCGGCGCAAGCGGCCUUAGACGAACUGACCUGUGAGAAAUACCUUGCAGCGUUCAUCCGCGACAUGAUUCCCAAUUUCAAACCGGAGGAGACUUUGGUGUGUGCCACCGACGCCGGGGGAGCCAAGCGCACUCGCAAAAUGGCUGAUGAGCUUCAGGUUGGCUUCAUGAUGGCAGACAAGUUCAGACCCAAAGCUGGAGAAGUUGGACAGGUGAAGAUCAUCUCCGACGCCUCUUUAAACCCCUCCAAUGUCAUAAUCGUUGAUGACAUGUUCGACACCUGCGGCAGCUUGGUGAAAGUGGUGGAGGCAGUUCGGACCUUCGCGCCAGAGGCCAAGCUCUACGCAGUCGGCACGCAUGGCUAUUUUUCCAAGGAUGCCUCGGAGCGUGUGGCCAAGAUGAUUGCUGAUCUUGGACUAGAGUGGAUCGCAGUGACCAACUGCAUAUCUCAACGAAUGCCUUUGCAGAAGUUUGAGAAGCUGGGCAUUGGAGACAGGUUGAAAGUUGUGGACGUCUCCAGAUUGGUGGCUGGUGCCAUCAUCCGAAUUCACCUGGGUGCCAGUGUCAAUUUGCCGAAGUUUCGGCAGCUGGGGCCACUGAACCCGGAUCCUUUGCUGGCAGAAGCAGCCUUUGUGCCUACGACACAAUAUACCCUGAGAGGGGCGGCUCCCACACAGGGCAACGAGUAUUGAGGUGGAUGAUCAUGUACAGCUAGGUUUAGGAAUGGUUUAGUCGCUUGUAGCAGGAUGGCGAAAGUGCCCAGGCUUUAGACUUCGAAUCUCUGAGAUUCGCAGUUGCAAGAGGACCAAAAGGAGUAGCAGCUCGCGCUAUGUGCAGAGGCAUUGCGGCGUUAUCUCAGGACCACCAAUACUGG